GAUUCAAAUCAACGUACUCUGUUGCAUUAUGCGGCCAUGAAAGGUCAUUUAGAAUGUGCAAGUAUUUUAAUUGCUCAUAAAGCAAAAGUAAAUGAACCAGAUGAAAAUGGUAAUUUACCAAUACAUUUAGCUGUCAAAGAAGGUCACUUAUCAAUGGUAUGCUAUCUGCUUAGUGUUGAUGCCGAUCCCACAAUACCGAAUAAAGAUGGUCUUCUACCGAUACAUAUCGCAUGUGAAAAGAAUUAUGUGGGUAUAUUGAAGGCAUUACUGGAAUCAGAAACUGUCGAUGUGAACGCAGAAGGGGAACGAGGAGCAUCGCCACUUCAUUAUUGUUGUAUUCGUGACAGUGUUGAAUGUUUGGAGAUUCUCUUAGAUAAAGGUGGAAAUAUAUUUGCUUGUGAUUUAGAAUGUACAUAUGCUGUACAUGUUGCAGUUGCCAAUGUCAGUUAUAAGUGUUUAAAUGCACUAUUUCAAAUGGAGGCAAAAUUGAAUGAAGACAAAGGUAAUAUAAUGUCAAUGGUGAAUGAAUCAUUAUAUAAUUACAACAAUUAUUCACCAAUAUCAUCAGAAAUCAAUCAUAUUACAUCAUCACAAAUUAGUAGACAAGAUAAUCAUGAUUUAGAAAAUCAAUUCAAUGAGAAAUUACCUGAAAUGAAAAAAAAAUUAAUACAUUUAGCUAGAUCAUUACAACGUAUGAAUGAACAAAGUAAUACUAUGGAAAAUUAUUUGAUCAAUUUAAGAGAUUGUGAAGGUGAAACUCCAUUGCAUACAGCAGUUACAUCAGGGAAUUCAGAUAUGGUUAAAUUUUGUCUAGAAAAAAAUGCAUCUAUACUAGCUAAACAGAAUGAUGAUUCUACACCGAUACAUUAUGCAUGUAUGAAAGAUGAUUUGGAGUGUGUUCAAUUGAUGUUUGAUGCAGAUCCUUCGAUUAAAUCAAUUGUACUACAAAUGCCAGAUAAAAAUGGUUAUACACCAUUGCAUCUGGCAGCAGUUUAUAAUCAUGAGAAACUUGUAACCUAUUUAGUUGAACAGGGUUCACCGUUAGAAAUGACUGAAACUAAUGGUUGGACACCAUUAUUAUUAGCUGCUAUGAAAGGAGCAUUUCAAACGUGUAUUCAACUUCUUCGACUUGGUGCAAAUCCAAACGCUCAUGAUUCAAGUAAUCGCAAUCUAGUCCACUUGUUAAUGCUAUUUCGAGGACCAGGAAUUCGGACUGUGUUACCAGAAGUGAAUGAUGAAGUAUUAUUCAAAAGACUGGUUAAUGAAAAAGAUAAAUACGGUUCAACACCAUUACACUAUUCUACAAAAAUGGGUAAUCUAGGCGCAACUACUGCAUUUCUUCUUCGUGGUGCAUCUUCUCUCGAACGUGAUAAUGAACGUAAUACACCAUUGCAUACAGCAGCAUAUUUUGGAAGAUUACAUACAUGUGAAAAAUUAUUGGCCACAUCACAUGGAAUGCGUGCUAUGAAUUGUCCAGAUGCUGUUGGACGUCUACCACUUCAUGUGGCAGUAGAACAUGGACAUUUAGAAAUUGUAAAGUUAUUCCUUGAUCAUGGUUGCCUGUUCCGAAAGUGUCAUAUCGGUAAUACACCAUUACACUAUGUAUCAAUUGGUGGAUGUUUAAAAACUUGCAAACUAUUACUGCAAACAAGUCCAUCUUUACUUAAUCAAACCAAUUUUCAUGGAAUGACAGCUUUACACUAUGCUGCGAAAGAAAAUAAUGCUGAAGUACUGGAUUACUUAUUGACAUCGAAGGCGAAAAUUCUACCAGACAAAGAUGGUUUAUACUUUGUUACUUAUGCUUUACAACAUAGAAAUUAUGAAACAAUGAAGGCGAUUGUUGCACAUUCACGUUGGCCAGAACUACAUGGAAUGUUGGAUAAUACAUCUCAGUGUCCAGUGGAUGGAUUCAUUCGAGAUAUGCCAUCGAUGUGUGGAAUUGUUUUAGAUCAGUGUAUUAAAGAGAUUGGAUCAAAAAAUACUCGUGAUCAUGAGAUAAUAUAUGACUUCACUAUCCUUCAACGACCAAUGAAAUUACAUGAUAAACCACCACAAAAUCCUAUGAAACGGAUUAAGUUGAUGGUUGAAUUGAAACGUGAACAAUUGUUAAUUCAUCCACUUUGUACAGCUUAUUUAGAAAGAAAGUGGCAAACUUAUGGACGUUGGGUACAACUGUGUGUAAGCAUUUAUCAUGCUGUUCUGUUGAUAGCUAUCACUUGCCUAGUUUUGGGGCACAGUCCAAUACGUCAUGUAGAUAAUAUUGACAAGAUUCUAAACUGUUCUCAUUUGUUUUAUGAAACACCUACAAGAAUGUAUUUAUUCUCAACAAUCGCUUCCAUAGUUCUUGUCUUCACAACAAUGGAUUUAAGUGUUAAAAUAUGGCAACUAUUCUCUCAGAAAUGGGAAUUUUUCAAAGAUUGGAAUAAUUACUUAGAAUUUCUCUUGAAUGCUUUAGCUAUGACGUAUUCAGCACUGACCCUGAAAAAGCAUUUGGAUCAUCAUUAUAUUGGCUUGGGAGUGGUUGUGAUGUUUAUGGCUUGGUUUAAUUUUCUACUUCAAAUGAUGAGAUUUAAACACGUCGGCAUAUUUGUAGUCAUGUUCUUGCAUGUGUUUGCAACCGUCGGAAAGUGUCUAGUUGUUUUUUCAGUGGUAUUUAUAGCCUUCGCUUUAUCGUUUCAUGUGCUAUUUCGUGCUCCAAACUAUGCGGAGAAUGAAACUCAACUAUCAUUGGGAAAUUCACUUUUCAAUGAGUGUUUUUCAACAUUUAACAGUUUAACACAAAUCAGUCAAACUGAUACAUCCAUUUCAUCAGAGUUACAACCUUUUCAAUACUUGGGUUUAUCAUUGUUUAAAACGUUAAUGAUGAUGUUAGGCGAAUAUGAGCACACAGCGACAGUGAUUGAACCUUUAACAACAGGGGGAACUUCUUUGGCAUUACAUUAUCCAGUAAUAACAUUUAUUUUUUAUACAACCUUUGUAUUUCUAGUACCAAUUAUUCUGAUGAAUCUUUUGAUAGGUUUAGCUGUUGGUGAUAUUGAAAAUGUUCGACGGAGUGCAGUUCAACGUCUUAUUUCCCAACAAGUAUACUGGUUAGCUGAUUUAGAACCAAAGUUGACAGGAAUUUUUCGUUCCAAACUAUAUCAACCUCAUUGGAGAAAGAAAUCAAGAAUCAAUAAAACUACAGUAUUCAUGGAUAAAAUGAAUCCACCUGAAAUGAAUGAUGAGACACUGACGCAAAAGUAUCUUCAACAAACAAUGCAAAAGAUUAUUUCUAUUGAAAAAGAGAUAAAAUUGCAAACUACUCGAAUGGCUGCUAUGAUUGAAAAAUUACAAAUAAAAACAAAAGAAUUUAGUAUUGAUGAUGGGAUAUAUUCAGGACAUAUUCUUGGGUGGGAUUCAGCUAUGGAUGUAGACUACGAAGUAUGAAAUAAGGUUAUAGGCUAUAUUGAAUAUUUCUUGAAUUUUCCCUCUCAUUUGGAGCAUAAACAGUCAAGCAUUAAUUAAUGUUUAAAAUGACAUUAUACUUUCAUAUUUAACAAAAAGGUUUUUGAUAAAUAUAACCUCGA